GCGACACGCAUGGCAAGCUCAACCGUUAGCGGAUUAGCGUCAUGGCACUUUGCAGAGGGCGCAGCGGGCUGCUGCUUGUCGCCAUGGCUCUGCUCCCGCUUGGCAUGGCCAUGGACGCCAUUGGCAGUAACUGCGCUGGAACCAGGUAUGCUGCUGGCAGUGGCAAGGGCAACAUCGAUUCCGUCCUGGCGGACCUCGUCGGCAAGGGCUCCUCGGGAGGCUUCGCCACGUCCAUCGCCGGCAAGGGUAACAGCACCGUCGUCUAUGGCCUCGCGCAAUGCCGCGGCGACGUCUCCGCCAGCGACUGCUCCGCCUGCCUCGUGGACGCCGCCAAGCAGCUCCCCGCCGCCUGCAGCUACCUAUCCGACGCUAGAAUAUGGUACGACUUCUGCUUCAUGCGGUACGACAACACAGACUUCGUCGGACACUCGGACACGGGCGCCGGCGUGAUCCUGGUGAACGUGCAGGCGGCGGACGACCCCAAGCCGUUCAAGACGGCGGUGGGGAAGGUGAUGAACAAGGCGACGGCGAAAUCGUCAGCGUCGGGCAGCGCGGGGCUCGGCAGGUCCAAGUACCAGUACACGCCGUUCGUCACCAUCUACGGCCUGGCGCAGUGCACGCGGGACCUCGCGCCGCUGGCGUGCGCGCAGUGCGUCUCGGUGGCGCUGUCCAAGUUCGGCGACUACUGCGGCGCGCAGCAGGGCUGCCAGAUCAACUACAGCAGCUGCAGGGUGCGCUACGAGAUCUACCCGUUCUACUUCCCGCUCGACGGCGCCGCCAAUGGACGCGCCACUACCGAUAUGACAAAAUACACCAAGAUCGUCGUGCACGCUUGACCUUGACGUACAGGCUCCUUGCACAUUUCCGAUGUGCUUCAUGCAAGAAACGCACUAGAUGCAAGUGAGACCUGAUAUUUGAGCCGGAUGCACUUAAUAAGCGGGAAUCGUUUCCCACCGGCGCGCCCGCAAACCGACGCGCCGGUCGCCUCCUCGCGCGCGCGGGCCCUUGCAACAUUUUUGCCAUGUGCGCGCUUCUCCGGUCAAUGGAUGCAACAUUUUUCGUCUAAAUAUGUUGUAAGCUGCAUCAUUUUUGUUGCAAGCGUUUUUUAUUAUAUUUUGUCUCAGUAAAAAAGCUGCAUAUACGUUUGGUUGCAA